GAUCGGCGACGAGGAGCUCCGGCAGAUGUUCUCGGCCAUCGACCAAGACGGCUCGGGCUUCAUAGACGAGUCGGAGCUCCAGAACGCCCUCAAGCUCUACGGCAUCCAGUUCAGCAUCAGCUCCUCGCAGAAGCUGCUGCGGAAGAUCGACAAGAGCGGGACAGGCGAGAUUCGGUUCGAUUCCUUCAAGGAGUUCUUCGGGAGGGUGUCGAACCCCGACGACCUGAAAAUGCUGCUGUCGGCCGCGUCGCGGAAGUUUUUUGAUUACAAGCAGAUGGUGGACGGCGACCCUGCGUUCGCCAAGACCUAUAGCAUACCGCCGCUGGUCACCUGCCGGCAGAAGUGCGGCGGGCACGCCGACGCCGUCGAGAAGGUCGUCUGGAUCUCCGACACGGAGGUCGUGUCCGGCAGCACCGACGGCGAGGUGCGGAAGUCGACCGUGGGCCAGCCAGGCAGCGUCAGUUUGUUCAACGUGGGCAGCUCGCUUUACAGUAUGUCCCUGAGCCCCGACGGCAGAAGGCUGCUCGUCGGGCACGGCACCAAGGACAGCAACGUCACGAUGUGGAGCCUGGAGGACGGCGGCGGCCAGUCGGCCCUGAUGGCCUACUCGGGCAACGAAGCGCCGGUGUACGCCACCGCGCACGGGCCCGAGUAUCUCGGCGGCCGGCCAGGGACCAAGAGCGGCGGGUGCUGCGUGUACAGCCCCUCGUCCGCCGCGCCGAUCAUCACGUGGGACGGCCACCAGGGCGUCGUCUACUCGGCAGACCUCGCCAAGAGCGGCGUCAACCGGGGCGCCCUGGCGACCGCGUCGAAGGACGGCACCGUCAAGGUCUGGGACGCGCGGGGCUCGCCGACUGCCAUGCGGGCCGUCGCGGAGAUCCCCGAGGCGGCCGCUGGAGGUGCCGCGUGGCAGGCGCUGUGGCGGGGCGACUACGAGCUGCUCACCUGCGGCGACGACUACUCGGUCAAGAGAUGGGACUCGCGGAAGCUUGCCGACGGGCCUGUCUCCUGCUACUUCGGCCACAGCGACAUCGUCAGGUGCAUCGCGCUCUCCCCCUGCGAGACCUUCCUGGCCUCUGGGACAGUGGGUGGCAGCGUCCGCCUGUGGAUGUCCGACCAGGGCCAGCUGCUCGGCAACAGGCUGGCGAACUUGCUUCGCGAGGCGGCCGAGUCCAGAAAGAGCGUGACAAAGCUCACGGAGAUGUUCGAGAACAGCGAGCUCGAAGACGCCAACGAGCCUGAAGGGGGCCAAGGCCCGCCGGGCCAGCCUGGAGGCGCAGUCGGCGGAGCUGGAGGCUCAGAUCAUGCAGCAGAAGAUGCUGGGUUGCUGCCAGGCGCAGAGGAGCCUCGACGGCUCUGCCCUGCCCGUGUCCUCGCUGGCUUGGCGAAGCUGCGCCGGCGGGCUGAUGCGGGUGGCCGUCGGCAGCCACGACCAGAACGUCCACGUUUUCGAGGUGACCAGCGAGGAACUCCUGGCCCCCUGAAGGAAGACCACGGCUGCCGCCUGCGGCGCUUCCUUUUUCGCGGUGCCGCCGGCAGCGCAAUGGGGGGGGGAUUCGUGGCCGCUCUGGAGGACAGCGAGGGCUACGUGACGUUCGACAGUGAUCGGACCCGGAGUUUGCACGCAGGCAGUGACGGCAGGGCUCUUAGAUACUCGGGGGGCGAAGGCGUCGGGGGCGCCGCAGCUCUCGCCGACGCGGGGAACCUACCUCCGCCGGCGUGCGAGGGCAACGCACACCGCGGCGCGGGGGAGUCGGGGGUGGCCUCGAGGCGAUCCAGCACCUUCCCGUUCGACGAGGUCAUGGAUUUCGUGUUGGAGCCUGUCCACCAGGAGCCGCGCGGCCUCGCGCGGCCCGCCAGUGGCGAGCCCAGCCUCGGCGUGUGUCGCCAUGAGGGCCACCCGAGAGGCAACGGCGUGGCAGGAACUGUGCGGGCGGAGGGGCUAACGUUUGGCGCGCGAUUGCCGCGGCUACUCCUUGCCGUGCUCGGUUGCGAGUUUGUCAGCUGCAGGGCCAGCCUGCAGGCUGGCCGCGUUGCCAUGGUGGACUGUUUUGGAGAGCCAGACCGCGCGGACAUUCGAGACUUGCCCAGCGAGCGCGCGACGUCGCCGUCGAGGGAUGGCGUUGAAUUGGUCGCGCGCGUGCAAUUCAAAUCGUGCUCUGCCGCGCCGGGGGUGGCGUUCGCAGCCGAGAUGAGCUCGGUCAUCAAACCGGGCGUGCCCCGGAAUACCAGCGGCUCCGAUGAUCGAUUCGCCGACCUGAAGGGGGUCGUUGCCGAAAUGGCGGGUCGCGACGACGGUUCGGCGGCCCCCCGCCGCGCGCUGGCUGACCUCGACGAGGGGCCCGAAGAAGAAAUCUGCAAGAUCUUGAAGGCCGAGGGAGACGCCGCCGCGAGCGGUUCAAUGGGCCAGAUGGGCGCGGGAGUGGCGGCGCGAGAAUUUCGCGGGGUGGAGUGCCCGCGCGACGCGUGCCCCGCGGGGCCCGCGGGGCAGCGCCAUUUCCAGUGGACGGCGGGGUGGCACGGUGUCGACAUGAUGACCGCGCGGUCAAGCGCGCGUUGGCUCAGUGACGCUGCGAUCGCUGGGGUGAAGGACAUUCGCAUCGACUCCACCACGUGGGCCGACCGCGGCAGCAUCCUGCCCAGAACAUGGGUAGUGCGAUACUUGAUCAAAGAGCUCGCGCAGAUUUUCAUGACGUUGGGCGGUGGUCUUUCGAUGUCCUGCAACGACGUCGGCAAUGUCAUCGGGGCGCCCGGCGGAUGGUCGGCCUUCGUCGCGGGCGCCCCGCAGAGGCGGUCGGCCUGCCAGCAGCCGGCAGGCUGGAGAGGCCUCGGGGGUGCCGCCGAGCUGCCCCCCCACGCGCGGCGACUGUUCGGCGGGCCCGCCGGGCGGCCCGGCCCCGUCGGCGGCGGCGGCCCUGGCCUGCAGGAGCCCCCGUGGCUCGGCACCGCUUUCUUUGCCGCGAUCAUCCUCAGCUUUAUUCCAGGCCCGUGGCAGAUCAUCCUGAGUCCGAUUAUCAGCAUCAUAAACUUGUUCUACAUGUUCAAGUUUGGCAUUUUCCUCCUGGCCAUCGCCGCCGUCUUCGGUCUGCAGUGGUACUUCGAGAACAGCACUCUGACCGCGGCCUGCCCGAACUGCGGGAACGCCAUGCUGGGCCCCAAGGGGGAGCCGUUCCAGUGCGGUUUCUGCGGCACGAUGCUCGAGGCGAAGGACGACGCUUUCAUACCGUACUUCAAGAGUGGCGAAGCGGAGAAGACACCGUUCGAGACUAUCCAAGACUUUGCCCAGCAGGCGGCAAAGACGGCUUCGGAGGCCACCCCUAUCGACAGCGUCGUGGGCAAGACUGGCGGUCCGCUGCGGCCGGGCGGCAAGCCUGGCAAGAAGCCGGGCCAGGUGGUGGACGUGGAGGUGGACCUCGCGGCCGCGAACUCCAAUCUGAUCGUGCACUGA